UGAAGGAUCGCCGUCUGGGGAAGCGGCACUGAGGGAGCGCCGCACACUCCGGGCUAGAGGGGUUGGGAAGAGGUACUGAGGGAGCGCCCGCCUGGGCGGGGAGAGUGGUACUGCGGUAAGCUCGGCAGUGCAAUCCUUGAGGAAGCGCCCCGACCUCUUGGGCUUCGGGGGGGGGAGCAGUGGGGGAGGACUGGGUUGAAGCGGCACUGAGGGAGCGCCGCACGCUCUGGACUAGAGGGUCAGUGUUGAAGGAUCGCCAGGUCUGGGGAAGCGGCACUGAGGGAGCGCCGCACGCUCCUGGCCGGGUGGGGGGGGUGCACUGAGGGAGAGAGAGAGCCCCUGGGCUAGUGAAGUGAGGGGGCGCCGCGAAAUGCUUUUGCAGAAGCGACGUCAGGCGAGAAGUGAGGAGCAUCACCUCCCACAACAACUUCACCGACACGAGAAGCACCACCAACUCCCCAUUUCGUGGCAUCUUGCUGUGCGCCAACAGCCACCCGCCGCCUCCUCUACUCCCCCCCCCCCCUCAGGCGAUCGACCCUCCCCGGGCUGCAAGAAGGCCGACUUCUGGCAGAGUUCUCCCACCGAGGGACUGCCGGAGUUCCCUGGCACACGCCCGCGUCUCCUCCUCCGGCGCUGUCUCUUUAAGCGAUUUUUUUUUAAAACACAGAAACAGCCCUUUCCUGUCGCGGGCUGUAGCCUUCCUGAUUCUGGGCUGGAGCGGUCAGAGAUCUUUGCAAAACGCUGGGGGCAGAGGGCAGAAAAGAGACAGAAAUAAAACAGUUCUCCGCGACCUCUGACCUGGCAAACACUCCCGCUGUUGUUGUGUUUAUCGGCGUCCCCGACCUACCCCAACAGGGUCCGCGAAUGGGGCAGGUGAAGGUGGUCGCGCUGGCGAGGAGGAGGAUCAGAGUGGGGCUGAUCGUUCUGCUGACCGCGGUGGCCAUCUCGCUGGCGACCUUCAGCCUGGUGGUGGCCGCCUUAUCCUGGGUGGAAUUCCGCAACCUCUCGAGGUCUCUGCAGGGCUGGGCGGACCACGGACAGCAAGGCGGAAAGUCAUCGGCGCUGGAGACGGUGCGGCCGAACCCCCCGGCCAGGCUGGGCUUCCUGCAGGCACUGCUCAGCAGCAAAGCAGUCCUGCGGAAAAGAAGGGGGAGCAACCGAGGUUCAGGAUCAAAGAACAAAGCGACAGUUGCAGCUCACUUUGAAGUGACGCCGGGUACAGAAAAUGGAAUAUAUGUUGUUGACCAAGGGGGCGUCAUCAAGAAUUGGGCGGAGAGGUCGAUUCAGGUCAAGCACCGAGCGCUGAACUACAACAGCACGACAGGCGAAUUCCUAGUGGUGAAGGAUGGGAUUUACUAUGUGUAUAGCCAGGUCCAUUGCGAUGACAACAGCACAGCCUACCUGAAGCUGGACGUCAAGGUGGACAACGUGGUGGCCUUCAAGUGCCUGCAAGGGCUGCCCCCCACCCCGGUCUUCGGUCAGCAGCUGCCUGUCCACUCCUGUCAGGCGUCCGGCCUGGUCAGGCUGAGCCGGAACUCCCGGAUAACUAUCUCCAGCAUAGCCGGCGUGCGCCUCAAGGCCCGAACCUUCACCUACUUCGGCCUCUUUAGACUGUGAAGGGGCCGCGUCCCCGAGUGUGUGUGAGUGUGGUGGGGCCGGCUUUGUGCUACCGGGGGCGGGCAAAGAUCCCUCCCGGGACAGAACCUCCAUGCUUCAUACCCAAGUUUACCCUUCAAACCUAACCAGCGGGGCAAGAGGAAAGUUUUGGAUCGGGCUGAUUGGGAAGUCCUGACACCUUGUACAGUUAGACCCUUGAGCCCAUUUUGCCAGGUCGGCAUCGGUGGCUUUUGACGGGAGAGAGCUGGCUUCCCGGCCUCCAGAUCUGCACCUGGUGCCUGUUGUCAUCAGUUGCUGGCGUGUGAGGGAUUUGUAAUUACUGCGAUCUUCCCUUCUCUUCUCCAUCUUGCAGUCUAACUGGCCCCGUAUCCAAGGCUGGAGUAAAACAACUCAGUGGCAGUAGUGAGAGGGGAGGCAGGAGUGUGAGGGUGAAUAGAGGCUGUUGUUACACCCUCUGGGGUUCUUCCCCUCCUCCCCAACUGAAUUGGGGUAUCGUCGCCCCAGCUCCUGAAUCUCAGACAUGGUGACUGAGAGAGGGGAUUACGGAAAGGGAACAUUGGUGUUCCUAUCUUUGCCAGAGAGUUUCCAGGUAUGGAUUCCAUGUGGUCUGGGAGGGACACAGACAGAGAGAACCGGGCAUCAAGGAGAAACCUCCCCAUUCCCCUCUGUUCUCUGCUUGAACCUUCCCUUUCAACAGCUCCAGCGAUGGGCUCAGGACCGAGGCCAAUGGCAGCAGGCCAAGUGGUUUCCCAUUGGUUUUGGAUAUAGCAGGGGCAGGACUUUUGGUGGACAGACAGGUGGGGUGACCAAUGGCAGCAGGCCAAGUAUUUUACCAUUGGUUGUGGGUGAAGCAGGGGCAGGACUCCUGGUGGAUGGACGAGUGGGGUGACCAAUGGAGGUACUCUGCGAAAUGGCGUUUUGGGUCUGACACUUACGCCUGUACUGGAAAGAGAGGAGGUGGCCGGUAUAAAGAGAUGGGCAGAAAGGUUGGAGCAGGUGAUCAGAUGAGUGGGGAGAGUGGGAAUGGUAUCGGAAGCUGAGAAGUGAUAGGUGGGACCAGAGAGAAAUCUAUUUGCCAGUCAAGGGCAGGGCUUAUCUACUGUGGCUUUUGAGGAGCGGUCCCGGGGACACAGGAUUGAGAACGUUCUUGCUGGUGCCACACCCUUCUGGAAAACCUUUUCAGGAGUGGUCCCAGGGUCACAGGGUUGAGAAUGUUCUUGCUGGUGCCACACCCUUCUGGAAAACCUUUUGAGCUGAACUGUUCACAGUAACUUGUCCCAAGUGUUGGGGAGGGGGUAGAGAGUAGGUUCCAGGAAAUGAGUUGUGUGGAGGAGGGUGGAAUAGGGCUGAGAGCUGGCAUAGACUCGAUGGGCCAAAUAGCUCGUGGAGCUCAAAGGAAACACGAGAAACAAGCACUCAUUCCUUGCCUUCACCCACUCUCCUGCCCUCGCCUCCACUCACUCCCCUUGCCAGAGCCUAAUUUUCCUGUGCAUCACCCCACUCCUAAUGCUACCUUCUCCCUCUUCCAACCUACUUCCUUCCCCCACACUCCUCCUUUCUCCCUCAACAAUCCCCCCCACUCCAACAUCUGCACUGCUCCCCUCACCACACCACCCCACAUUCACGUUCAGCACUGACUGCUCUCCAGAACUUUAUAUGUUAUAAUUUGUGUAUAUAAUUUGUUUAAUCUAUUGAUGGGGCAGGUCCAUAUGAUGAUGCCAAUGCCCCCACCCACAAGCACCUGACUUGCGGGGGUGGGACGAUGAUUCUCCUUCAUUACCAUGAGAUGUGAAAUAAGAAUUAGGCCAUUAAGCCCGUCGACUGCUCUGCCGUUCCAUCAUGGCUGAUUUAUUUUUCCUCUCCACCCCAGUCUCCUUUGAUGCCCUGGAUGGCCCUGGGACUCAGCAGGGGUUAUUUCUACAGGGGAGAGGUGCUCGGGUAGGGCAGGAAACCAAACUAAAUUCCCCCAAACAAAAUGUAUCAAAAAGACUUGAGGAUUAAAAACUGGGAAUGUAAGAUGCAGAAGCAGCCACAGGCCAUUCAGCCCAUCUAGCUUCUUCUAUCAGUGGCUGGUCUUUGGCCUCUGCACCAUUUACCUUGAUCCCCUUCACAUCUACUGGAUAUGGAAAGGCCUGGUUACAGCGGAGGGGAUGUUUCCAAUAGUGGGAGAGUUUAGGAUCAGAGAGCACGGCCGCAGAGUACAAGGGUGUCCCUUUGGAAUAGAGAUGAUGAGGAAUUUCUUUAGCCAGAGGGCAGUUAAUCGGUGCAAUUCGUUAAUAGUAAGGGCAUCCAAGGUUACUGAGAGAAGACAGAGGUUGAGGUUGAGAGGGAAAAUAAAUCAGUCAUGAUGGAAUAGUAGAGUAGAUGAUGGGCCAAAUGGCCUCGUUCUGCACCUAUGGCUUAUGGUCUGAGAGUCCCACCAAUCUGUAUCUGCCAGCAAGGCUCUCCAGCCCUACAGGGGCUCAGGUGGCCCAGCACCUCCCAGUUCAAUCGUGGCUUCUGGCACUGUCUGGAGCUUGCAGGCCCUCGCCAAGACCUCCUCCCUCACCCCAACGCUCUUUGGUUUCCUCCCUCAUCUCAAAAAUGCAGGCAGAAUGGAUCCUGAGGAGGUUCAGAAGGGUUAUCCCGGGAAUGAGGGGCAUUUGACAGUUGGCAUUGGACCUGAACUCAGUGGAGUUCAGAGGGGGGGGAUCUCACUGAAACUCCCAGCUACUGAGUGGACAUAGGGAGGAUGGUGCCAACAGCAGCAGAGUGUACGGCGUAGCCUCCGAAUAAAGGAACGUUCCUGUCGAGCAGAGAUCAGGGGAACUUCUUCAGCCAGGGGUUGCCAAGUCUGGAGUUCAUUGCAAGAGAGUCCAGGGCAGAGAUUGAUAGAUUAUUGAUUAUUAAGGGGGCUAAGGGUUACAAGGAGGAGGCAGAAGAAUGGGAUGGGGUGAAAAAGAGUCGGCUGACAUUGAACGUCAGAGCAGACUGAUGGGCUGCAUGGCCUGGUUCUGCUCCUAUGUCUGAUGGCAACACACACAAAGUGCCAGAGGAAUGCAGCUGGUCGGGCAGCAUCUGAGGAGAAUAAUAAACAGUCGACGUUUUGGGGCCAGAAACCUUUCAUUGAGGUCCUAUGGUCAGCAAAGACAAGUUGGGCUGAAGGGCCUGUGUCUUCACUGUAGAUGUUGGUAGGUUAAUUGGCCGUUGUAAAUUGCCUCCCCGAGCAAGCCGGACACUGGUGCAAGAAUAAGCUGGCCAUCAAUAACAGAAAGAGUUUUAAAACUGAGGCACUGUUUAAUUGGGGGCUGCUCCAGUUCUGGUUUUGGGAACAAGAGAGGGAGAGGGGGAAGGUGAGGGGUGUGAGCUGGGAUUCGGGACAGCCAGGCUUUGAAAGAACAUGGAAGGUUCAGGUCACGAAGUAAGAAGUGAAACAUUGACUUCACAGUUUCUGCUGCGCCCCAAGUGUUUGGCAUCCUUUGCGUUGGUGGCAGCCUGUUGUAUAUAGGACAUAACUCACGGUGUAAAUGGGUGUAUAAAUCUUUGCUUUUAUUUUACA